GCACCAACCCCGGAGAGCGAGAUCAAAGGGAUUUGAAGCAGGCUGAGGGCUGGCGGGGGAGGGGCCGGCCAGCCUGUGGAGUCCUCCCGAGGAGGCGGAGGGCCCGGCUUCCAGUGUGACUUCGGCGGCCUGCUUGGGUUUUUUAUUAUUAUUUUCAAAUUUCUGAAUCCAGCUAGAGGGAGAGCGCGAGAGAUCUCCGUGGACUGCGACUCGCUGGCUCUUGCUCCAAGAUGAUGCAGAGCGCGGCUGUCCCCGCGGAGGGGGCUGUCAAGGGGCUCCCGGAGAUGAUCGGUGUGCCGAUGCAACAGAUCCCCCAGUGUGCUGGCUGCAACCAGCAUAUCCUGGACAAGUUCAUCCUGAAGGUCCUGGACAGACACUGGCACAGCUCCUGCCUCAAGUGUGCAGACUGCCAGAUGCAGCUGGCUGACAGGUGCUUCUCCAGAGCCGGGAGCGUCUACUGCAAAGAGGAUUUCUUCAAACGCUUUGGCACGAAAUGCACAGCCUGCCAGCAGGGCAUCCCCCCGACCCAGGUGGUCCGUAAGGCCCAGGACUUUGUCUACCACCUGCACUGCUUUGCCUGCAUCAUCUGCAACCGGCAGUUGGCCACGGGGGAUGAGUUCUACCUCAUGGAGGACGGGCGGCUAGUGUGCAAGGAAGACUAUGAGACAGCCAAGCAAAAUGAUGACUCUGAGGCAGGAGCAAAGCGGCCGCGGACCACCAUCACUGCGAAGCAGCUGGAGACGUUGAAGAACGCCUACAAGAACUCUCCCAAGCCUGCCCGGCAUGUAAGGGAGCAGCUCUCCUCUGAGACAGGCCUGGACAUGAGGGUUGUACAGGUUUGGUUUCAGAACAGAAGGGCCAAGGAGAAACGCUUGAAGAAGGAUGCGGGGCGGCAUCGCUGGGGGCAGUUCUAUAAAAGUGUCAAGAGGAGCCGUGGAGGCAGCAAGCAGGAGAAGGAGAGCUCGGCAGAGGACUGUGGGGUUAGUGACAGUGAGCUGAGCUUCCGAGAGGAUCAAAUUCUCUCAGAACUUGGCCACACCAAUAGGAUUUAUGGCAACGUGGGGGAUGUUACAGGCGGACAGUUAAUGAAUGGGAGCUUCUCCAUGGACGGGACAGGACAAUCCUAUCAGGACUUGAGGGAUGGGAGCCCCUACGGAAUCCCCCAGUCUCCAUCCUCUAUAUCAUCCCUGCCAUCCCACGCUCCUUUGCUGAAUGGGCUGGAUUACACAGUGGACAGUAAUUUGGGCAUCAUUGCACAUGCAGGGCAGGGAGUGAACCAGACACUGAGAGCCAUGGCUGGGGGACCCACCUCUGACAUCUCCACAGGAAGCAGUGUAGGCUAUCCCGACUUUCCAACUAGCCCAGCCUCCUGGCUCGAUGAAAUGGAUCAUCCUCCUUUUUAAACUUCUCUCCUCCCCAUCCUACCUGUCCUGGCUUGAGAGAAUAUCUUCAAGGAUCAAAAGAGACUUGGCUCUUAAGGAUCAAAGGUGCACCAAUGUGAAUUUCCAUUAUUUUCAAUGGAAGUCCUCUGCUGAUUUCUAGAAGCUAUGAAACCACGUUAGGGCACUGCUUUCUUGGGAGGCAGUGGGAGAGCAGCCUCAUCUCACACAUAGCACAGGGGUGGACCGCCUAGAGCUCCAGGGAUGCUGACUUGUGGCUCUUCCCCUCCCAGCCUGCUUAGAGGCUUCGGCUGCUUAGUGCUUUGUUGAUAUGAGGUGACUGUCACAGGCCAGCGUGGCCCUGGGAUCUCUGCUCCAACAGCUGUGUCUCACACAAUGCCUCCCCAACCACUGCCCUCACCACAACCAAGAUUCCUGAGGUAGAGGCACCACAUCCCCUGACUAUAAGGAGUGAUCUCUGGACCACCUUGAUUAAACCCUGAUUUUCAAAAUUAAUGUCAAGUUAUUAAAGGUUGGUGACAAUGUUGAUGGCCACAGUUUGAUA